CCUCCCGCCGCCUCCGCCCGCCGCCCGGGCCGCGUCGGGUAAACCUGUUUGGCGAGGCGGCCGCGCCGGGGCUGAUCGUGCGGCCGGCGGCUCCUCGCGGCUCGCGGCUCGCGGCGUCGGGGCCCCGUGGUGCGCGCGGCCGGCCCUGGGCCCGGAGCCCCUCGGCGGCGCCACCAUGUACUCGGGAGCCGGCCCCGUGCUUGCACCUCCUGCACCGCCGCCACCCCCCAUCCAAGGAUAUGCCUUCAAGCCUCCACCCAGACCCGAUUUCGGGACGUCCGGGAGAACAAUCAAGUUACAGGCCAACUUCUUUGAAAUGGACAUUCCAAAAAUUGACAUCUAUCAUUAUGAAUUGGAUAUUAAGCCAGAGAAAUGCCCACGGAGAGUUAACAGGGAAAUUGUGGAACAUAUGGUCCAGCACUUUAAAACACAGAUCUUUGGAGAUCGGAAACCAGUGUUUGAUGGAAGAAAGAAUCUCUAUACAGCUAUGCCUCUUCCAAUUGGGAGGGAUAAGGUGGAGCUGGAGGUCACACUGCCGGGAGAAGGGAAGGACCGCAUCUUCAAGGUGUCCAUCAAGUGGGUGUCCUGCGUGAGCCUGCAGGCGUUACACGAUGCACUUUCAGGGCGGCUGCCCAGCGUCCCUUUUGAAACGAUUCAGGCCCUGGACGUGGUCAUGAGGCAUUUGCCAUCCAUGAGGUACACGCCUGUAGGCCGGUCCUUCUUCACUGCAUCUGAGGGUUGCUCCAACCCUCUUGGAGGGGGCCGAGAAGUGUGGUUUGGCUUCCAUCAGUCUGUCCGACCUUCUCUUUGGAAAAUGAUGCUAAAUAUUGACGUCUCAGCAACGGCAUUUUAUAAGGCACAGCCAGUAAUCGAGUUUGUUUGUGAAGUUUUGGAUUUUAAAAGUAUUGAAGAGCAACAGAAACCUCUGACAGAUUCCCAAAGGGUCAAGUUUACCAAAGAGAUCAAAGGUCUGAAGGUGGAAAUCACACACUGUGGGCAGAUGAAGAGGAAGUACCGAGUCUGCAAUGUGACCCGGAGGCCCGCCAGCCACCAAACGUUCCCACUGCAGCAGGAGAGUGGGCAGACGGUGGAGUGCACGGUGGCCCAGUACUUCAAGGACAGGCACAAGCUGGUUCUGCGCUAUCCCCACCUCCCAUGUUUACAAGUUGGACAAGAGCAGAAACACACCUACCUUCCCCUUGAGGUCUGUAACAUAGUGGCAGGACAGAGAUGUAUAAAAAAGUUGACUGACAAUCAGACCUCAACCAUGAUCAGAGCAACUGCCCGCUCAGCGCCCGAUCGGCAAGAAGAGAUCAGCAAACUGAUGCGUAGUGCAAGUUUUAAUACAGACCCGUACGUCCGAGAGUUUGGAAUCAUGGUCAAGGAUGAGAUGACAGAUGUGACUGGCCGUGUCCUUCAACCACCCUCCAUUCUCUAUGGGGGCAGGAAUAAAGCGAUUGCCACGCCUGUCCAGGGUGUCUGGGACAUGCGCAACAAGCAGUUUCACACAGGCAUUGAGAUCAAGGUGUGGGCCAUCGCCUGCUUUGCCCCCCAGCGCCAGUGCACGGAAGUCCACCUGAAGUCCUUCACAGAGCAACUGAGAAAGAUCUCAAGGGAUGCAGGCAUGCCGAUCCAAGGACAGCCAUGUUUCUGUAAAUAUGCGCAGGGCGCAGAUAGUGUGGAGCCCAUGUUCCGACACCUGAAGAACACCUAUGCUGGCCUUCAGCUGGUGGUGGUUAUCCUGCCCGGGAAGACCCCUGUGUACGCUGAGGUCAAGCGUGUGGGAGACACGGUGCUGGGGAUGGCCACACAGUGUGUGCAGAUGAAGAACGUGCAGAGGACCACGCCGCAGACCCUGUCCAACCUCUGCUUGAAGAUAAACGUCAAGCUGGGCGGAGUCAACAACAUCCUUCUGCCCCAGGGCAGGCCUCCUGUGUUCCAGCAGCCAGUCAUCUUUCUGGGGGCUGAUGUCACUCACCCACCUGCUGGAGAUGGAAAGAAGCCCUCCAUUGCUGCUGUUGUGGGCAGUAUGGAUGCUCACCCCAACCGCUACUGUGCCACUGUGCGGGUCCAGCAACACCGGCAGGAGAUCAUCCAGGACCUUGCGGCCAUGGUGCGUGAGCUGCUCAUUCAGUUCUACAAGUCCACACGCUUCAAGCCCACCCGCAUCAUCUUCUACCGUGACGGCGUCUCUGAAGGCCAGUUCCAGCAGGUUCUGCACCAUGAGCUUCUGGCCAUCCGUGAGGCCUGCAUCAAACUAGAGAAAGACUACCAGCCAGGUAUCACAUUCAUCGUGGUGCAGAAGAGGCACCACACACGACUCUUCUGCACUGACAAGAACGAGCGGGUUGGAAAAAGCGGAAACAUCCCAGCAGGCACAACCGUGGACACGAAAAUCACCCACCCAACCGAGUUUGACUUCUACCUAUGUAGUCAUGCUGGCAUCCAGGGAACAAGCAGGCCUUCCCACUAUCAUGUGCUUUGGGAUGACAAUCGUUUCUCUUCCGAUGAGCUGCAGAUACUCACCUACCAGCUGUGUCACACCUACGUGCGCUGCACACGCUCUGUGUCAAUCCCGGCACCAGCAUACUAUGCUCACCUGGUGGCCUUCCGGGCCAGGUACCACCUGGUGGAUAAAGAACAUGAUAGUGCUGAAGGAAGCCAUACCUCCGGGCAGAGUAACGGCCGAGACCAUCAAGCGUUGGCAAAGGCAGUCCAGGUGCAUCAGGACACGCUGCGUACCAUGUACUUUGCUUGACGUGUUUUAGUGUUUACGAUUAUGUACCGAGUUGGAUUCACAUGAGACCAGCUACACUCAGACCAACAGAUGCCCAGCCCUUCCGUGACAGCCAGCAUCGAACAUGAGACAUCAUUGAUUUUAGCAGAUUCUCCAUUUUCCAGAAUGCCUUCCGUCCCAGAUUUCAAACGUGGAUUUUGAACUGCAGACCUGUAUGAGACCCAUUGUCGUAGGAAAUAUGGUUUGCCAAAAUCUAUAAGCUGCUUAUUAAAAUAGAGUCCCGUGUUUCCUAAAAUCUCCUAAAAACCAGUUUAUGAACUCAGGGCUUUAAAACAUUUUUUAAUUUAUUUGGUCAUUCAAUUUACUUGUUUUUAACACAUGAUUCUAUAUGAAAUCGAUGGGCUCAAACUAGCUGUGAACAUUCUCCGAGAGUGAAAGCAACACAAAGCAUGAAUGUGGUUUUAAAGCCUUGAAUCUCCUGAUGUUGUCACUAAAGUCUAUUUCCAAGUGAUACCAGUCUGCUCCUGCCUUGGCUUACAGCUCUUUGGGACCCGAGGGCUGGCAGUCAAGUGUGGGCACGCACAGGUGUCUUGUUCUGCCACCACCCACCUUUCACUCAGAUUGAAAUAAGGGGAGGGGGGCAGAAGAUGGGCCAGCGUGUUUACAACAUUUAUAGGUCCAGAGAGAUUGGCAGACAAGUGCCAUUUUAGUAAAAAUUUAUUAAAAAAAAAAAAAAAGACAAUAUGCUGACAGUCUAAUCAUAAGAUUUGUCCUAUAGGACUGUGACAUUUAUUUUCCAAAGUUUCUGAAGAAUACGGGUCUGUGGUGAUAAAUACAGUACAAUCCUUUUUCACUGUUAUGUCUUUAAUGUAAGAGAAAAAUAUAUAUAUCUGGUUUGCAGUAUUAAUGUGAUAGAUAGAAGCUGGUUUUUUUUAUUAUUGUUGUUGUUUUUUGUUUGUUUUUGUUUUUCCAUUUUAUUGACUACGGGGUGCUUCUUGUUAUCUGUUUAGCAUAUCAAGAGCAUUUUGGAGCCUGGAGGGUGGACCACCUCUGUGGUUCCCAGUGCUUUAAGUACAGGAGGAUGCAAUUAACUCAAUGUGACAGCGACCCGCCUCCCUUCAGUGUAGCUUGUGUAGCCUGUACCCUCUGGGGCCGGGGCACUCACGGAGUCUCUCGCUGCUGCCGCACCCCCAUGUGUUGCUCAGCCGAUUAAGCACAAAUAGAAUCUAUUUAUACUUCCAUUCCUGGGAAGCAAGUUCAUGGAUCAGAGUGCACUUCUCUCUACGUAUGGCUCUGUUGGGCGCGCUUCAUAGGAUCUAUGCACUGAAACACAGUUGGUGGUGGCUCUGGUGGUGUGCGGCCGGCAGCUGGCUGGGGGCUGCCCUCUGCAGAUCGUGGGUUUUGAGCCAGCAGGAGAGGUAGACUCUCCUGCAUUGAGUUGCUUUCCAGGCCCCAGAUGUGGGUUUGCCAAUCUAGAAACCAUUGCACUAAGGUGAUACCAUGGACAACUUGAAAAGGCUAACAACAGAUAACUCUAUUUGUGCUAAAUGGGCUUUAUGUCCCUGUAGGUAAUUUUAUUAAGACUCAAACCCAUAUUCAACUUAAGAGAUUCAAGGAAGGAGACAAGCCUUCCCCUAGUGCUGCUUUGUGCUCUGUAGGUUUCCUCUCCCUGCUGAUGGCCACAACCCCCCACCCCAUCCCAGCCUGACAUUUACCUCUGGCACUGCAAUGGAGCGAGGGUCCCCCCAGGGGUUCCCAUUGCUAUAGUAAGCACCUGCUUCUGCCUUGUCUCGCUGCCUCUGGGGGUGUGGCAGGGAGCUGCAGGCGGGGCUAUAAUGAACACUUGGCCUGACUGGGCGGCAAUGACAAAGGGAUGACUUAUUUGUGAAGAUACAUACUCAGAGUGGUGUGUGCAUGCGUGUGUGUGUGUGUGUGUGUGUGUGUGUGUGUGUGCGCGCGCGCGCGCGCGCGCACGUGCGCAUGUGGGUGUCUUAUCAAUGGCAUUAGUCUCUUUUUGCUGUAUCUUUUUUUUUUUUUUUUUUUGUCUUUUCAAAUGACAGAAGCCUCUGCUCUAAGAAUUAUUGCAAUUCUGUGUUGUUUUAUUGGCAAGUGGCACUUUCUCCUAGUUCCAGAAGGAUACCAACACACUCUUGGCUUAAGUUAUCAGGACCAUUCAAGAUGAGGGAAUGCUUUGACUAUUACACUUGUACAAUCUGAAAUUGGGUUUGUUUCCAGCCAUUUUAGAAUCAUCUAAAACAGUGUGUCUCAAAGGUGUGUUUUCACCCACCGGCAGCAGGACCUAGGUGGCCAGGGCAGUGGUGGUAUGUGGUGGAAAUGCAGGUUCCCAGGCACCUGCCUUUUCCCCAUCUUGCAGGAUUCAUGACUCUUGGCACGUGAGAAGCUCUGAACAGCUUUAGGGAAAGAGUGCGGGGCUGUGACCCUUUUCAGGGAAAGAGAUUCUCCUUGCGGUAGACAGAGAUGUUUCUAAACCAGUACUGAGGAAAGCUUGUAGACUGGCAGGAAAUUAGCCCUCUAAAAUUGUCUGAAGGAAAAAUUCCCGUUUUUAGCAACCAUAAGUACUCUGAGAUAGGGGGCUUUUGGUAGCCCUCCACGUGGUGAAAGAGACCCUGAAUACUAGAUCCAUUGGCAGAGCAAAUGUCUCCAGCUGGAUUAACUGCAUACCUUUGUACAAGUGUGAUGAUUCAAAGACCAAACGGCUGUAGUUACAAUUUCUCAGGUAAAUGAUUCUCUUCCCAAAUUUCUGUCAGUCUCCCCACUAUUAGGAUAAAUUUGAGACAGUCAAACCUCAAAGUGCAGUAAAGUCCAAGCCCUGUUCAUAUGGAAGCCAAAAGGAGCUCUUUGCCCGACUUCUCAAUGUGCUUGCACCACACAGGGCUACCUCAUGGCCUGGCAUGGCCCAACAAGGGGCUCUCUCAGCUCUGUCCACCUGCAUUCAAAUGGGCCCCCAACACAGGACCUGUGCAGUCCUGAGAGGCGUCCACUCACUGGCCCUGCCCCACCCCACUGUUAAGUAAGGUGUGCCUUGCUUUAAGCAAACUGAAUGUGAAAAUUAUGAUGUCGAAUCUGGAUUCAUUUUAAAGAAAAACUGGGUUUUAUUUCGUCUCUUUAAAAGAGGCCUCUCAAAUUGUUUUACUGGUACUCUUCCGCUGUAUAUUAUAAAGAAUUAAGGUCUUACUACACUCACCACUAUCUAUCACAUGCGACAAGCUCUUGUCCUCAUGACUAAGUGAUUGAGGGGGCCACCCACUGUCACAUUUUAUAGAUGAGCCUUUGGUCAGAUCCAGCCACCAUCCUACAGUUUGUGUGUCAUAGACUCAGAUGUUCCUUGUUCAGAAACAUUUUGUACGGCGCUCUUAGGAAGUGAUGGUUGGUUUUGAUUUUCUGGGCUUUGAGCUGUGUUCUCAUAAAUACAUGACACUGCCUUCUAGGGUUUGCUUUCCCUUUCCCAAAUUGUGUUGCAUCCGCAAUGGUGUCCUCACACUCCCUUGAAUGAAUGUUUGCACUCUAGAACUACAAACAAACCCCACCCCCACCCCCACCCCCACCCCCGCCAAUCUUGGCUUGCCCACAGAGGGACUGCUAGACAGGGAGUGACUUCUGUGUUGUUGAAGUUGAAGGUUGGCCGUGAUCAGUGCGCUCACCGAUGUUUACCCCUGCUUCUUGCAUGUUGAGUGCUCCUUAGAAAAGGCAAAAAGUUCAGUUCCUACCGCAGGAUGGGGGGAUUUUACUGAGGUUAUAUUAUAUGUUGUUUUUCAUUGUUGUUAAGUACAAAUGUUGCUAUUUAUUAUUUUUUUUCCUUUCUGCUCUGGUUUGAUUUGGCCAAUGUGGAUAUUUCAAUGCAUGUGGUACCUGAUGGAGAUGAUAGAAAUUAUUUUCCCCAACUUUUAUAAAUUACUAAUGUUUACCUUCAAGUUUGCCGGAUGAUUUAUUUUUGAAAGCCACAAAUGUAAUUUUUCUGGAUGGAUUGUUUUUCGUAUAUGUGCAGCAAUGUAAUUUUACAUUGAUCUGCAGGGUGAUUUAAACUUUAUUUUUAGAAGGCAGUUUUUUCAAUUAAAUUAUAUAUUUGAUACAAUAUGUUAGGGGUAAACCAUCCAAGCAUCAUGCAUUUGAGACACCAGAUUCCAGGGCGCCUUUGGGGGCUGGGACAGCUUCUCUUGGUGGCCUGUCAUCAGGAAGCACUUGGCUUGUAUCAUGGAGCCUUCAGAUCUGGAUGUGGUCCUCCAGUGGGACUUUGAUCUGGUAGACUGGUAAAAGGAUUUUUCAUGGGCAUUUUCCUACAUCUAAGGCAGUUCGUUAGGAGGAGCUUUAGAAGUUGACACAAUUCCAGACAGCGGGACAAUCCCAGUGGCCCAGACAAGCCAUAGACUUUACCCUGUGACCUCUCUUUGACUCAUCUCUCCCACUCACAAGAAAAGGAAUGUACAAUAAAUAAGAAACUCCCUCAGUGUUCGAAUGCCUCACUUUCAGAAUGCAAAUAUUUUAUUUCUACCUUAUGCCCUUCCCCAAAGUAAUCGAGAUGUUCUCUCUAGCUGCCACACCAGCUAUUUUGGCUGCUGUGAUGUUUCUGGAUAUAGACAUAGUGCACGUGUGACUUGGUGAUGAGCUGUCCUUGUUACACACACACACACACACACACACACACACACACACACAUUCUCUUUUGUAAGGAAAAUUUUCAACUCAAAAUAAUUGCACUGAAUUUUUUGACAAUUUCCUUUUUAUUUGUGUCCAACUUUGCAUCUGCUGUACUUGUUUGAAAUGACUGUAAAUAGAUUGUGGGUAGCAAAAGUGAUGCGAACACAACACAUUGCUUUGUUUCUGAGAUACUGCCACACAUUUUCAGUAUUAUGUGUUAAAAGUUGCUUGGACUUCAUUCUGUACUCUUCAGCCUUGCAUCUAGUGACCAUUCAUGAAGGACAAACUAGCCUCGGUUUCUUAGUGUUCUCAAUAUAAUGAAAGGAAUGUGUGCUCUCUCCUUGGGAUCUGAAGGUUGGGUUAGAGGAUUAAUUGUAAAGCUUUUGAACACUUUCUUUAGUCUGUUUCAAUUCCUUGUUUGCCAGGGCUCCCAACAGCAUUUUCUUGGAGUUGCACCCAGCACUUGACAGUUUGGAUAAAAAACAUGUGAAUGGCCAGUGUUGGUAGAGAGCCUGCCUUGAUUCUCUUGUGUCAGCCAUCAUUUUUAAACCAUGAAGUCACUGUCAACUGGGCUUAUUAACCCACAGAUGCUAGAGAGACUUGGAACCCACUGCUGUUCCUGUCUGCCAUGUAAUUUCGCUCAAUUAGUGUGUGUGCUCCAGCUCACAGACGUGAUUCUGUUUGUGGUCAGGGGUUCCAGGAUCAGACACACACAGGAACUUUUUACCCCUGACCACUCAGUCUGAGUGUGUGCUAAUGUUGAAUCAAUGCCAUCAUGGUGCCCUCUUACUGCUUUUCUUGGAUGUGUUUUUGCCAUUUUAUUGUCUAAAGUGAAUGUAUUGGCCUAGCCAAAUCACUACAGAAGGUGGUUUCUAAUUAUUUUUAAGUUUAAAGAAAAUAAACGCAGAUAAAGGCUACCUCUGAAUUCUCAUUAGAUUCAUGUUUGCUCUUAAAGUGUAGCUAUCCACACUGAAAACAGCCAAAAUGUUGCCUGAAUAAACUGAAUUGUGAACAUCUACCUGUUCAGUUCUGGCUUGAACAUUUGUGUGCCAUACUGUGACUGGUGGGCAGACCCUUCCACCCUUCUGAGGUGUCAGGGGUGGACCAGGGACCCCUCAGGGCUGCCCAGCUCCAAGCCUCUGGGUUUCUAAAGGGCCAGCAUGAAUGAAUGGAUAAGCUCUCUGCACCAGCCUCCCAGGUCAGCGGCAUCUCCUGUUCCCACGUGUGGGGAAGCCUGCAGAGGACCUGAUGCCCCUGGCUUUCCUCUUACCUGUUCACUGGAAGAAAGCACUUUUUUCCCCCUGCUGCUUUACUUGUGAAUGGGUUGUGAAAGUGGUCUCCUUUGCUCUUCUUCCUUUUUAUACACUCUGUAAAAUCACAAAGGUGCUUCAACACCCUCUCUCCUGCAAGUAAUACACUUAAAGUAGCUGCCUGGUUUCAAAACACAACACAGGCAUAAUUGUCCUUUGACUUAGAGAACUUGAGUUGCUGUCACUUCCUACUUCAAAACAGUUUAAGUUCUGAAAGCAUCCUGUUCUGUUCAAAGUCAAGGUGUUUUGUCUGAAAGAAACACAGGGGCUGCGACUGGUUCCCUGACAUUGGAGUUGUACAGCUGGCACCCGGGAUCAUCCGGAGUGGAUUCUGGAAGUAUGUCCAGGGGGUGUUUGCCUCUGAGUCCCCAUCCUUGUGAUGAACCACUUUGCUGUCAGAUGAGUCCUUUGUCCUCACUCAGCUAUGAGUCAUCAGUCUAACCCUCUGCCUGCUCACAUCUUCUCUGUUUGCCCUCUGCUCAUCUUUAGAAGGUUAGCAUUGGCCCUGGGGCACACCCCUCCCGCCUCCCAUCAGCUUACAUUUCAUUGCUCAAGGGACAGUUGAGCAGCUUUGCAGCAACAAAUGUCUCUGCCUAUGUGGAGGUGACUCUGCUCCCCUGCUGGACACUCAUCAGACAUUGGCUUUGGUCCAGAGAGGUUCCAGGGACAUCACUACCUGGAAGUAAUUGCCUUUAACACUGUUGUUUGGGGUUCUGAUUGCUUUUCAUGCUACAAGCUUGCUUUCAUUCUGAAAGAGCUAAGUGCCCUUUGCUGUCUUUCUAGGAGUGUUUUGUGAUUCUGAGAUCAUGCUGUUCUAUAGCUACAAAGGACCCCAGCAAGCAUGGGCAUUCAGGCAGGUACUUAGCCUCUGCUAACCUGCUUCCAGGCUGCUUUGGGUCCUGGUGGUGACGGCCUCAUUUCAGCCAGAUUCCCAUACAGGUUGUUGGGUGAAAGGUGGGGCCACUGCCCUAUCUAUGGUCAACUCCUUGACUGAGUCAUGGGAACUAUUGAACCCAGCAUGGUUUUGCAAACAUCUCUGGAAUACUCAGGUGGGCCUUCUCCACCAUCUUUGUAUUCGUGAAAGAGAACAAGAAGGUUAUUGGUGCUUUUGUUAACAAUUUUCUAUCUUGUUGGUUGAUGUGGGAACUUUAGAAGUUAGGUCUUUACUUACCCUUCAGUGGUCUAUGGCUUAAGGGCUAAAUACUCACUUCACCUCCAUCCCCUUUGGGGAGGGAGGGCAUGGUUGGAGGAGACUGAAUUCUUUUAGAUUUACAACCCCCCUGUGUUUAAGUGGUUCAGAAUUAAAACUAAAACACCAAAUAUGAACUCUUCCCUUACCCUCCCCAGGUGCCUCCAGAAACUAGAGUUUGAAGCCAGCCACUCAGAACAUUGAGUUUUGGGGGUCCUUGAAAGCCUGAGUUGAUCCCAAGAACACCCCACACACUGGCCAAGGAUACAGUGUAAACCCACUCUUGGACUCCUUGGCAUCACUUGAGAGAACCAGGUGGCUUGUGGGGGCAGGGGGCAGUCCUUCCCACCACAAGAAGCAAGUGGCCCCUUGGUUUUCCUCUGGUCCCCAUCCCUUCUAGGCCAAGCUUGCUGGAAGACCCAGUCUCAGACCCUGUGCCUUUAAAGCUCAGUCCUCAGGGUCCUUUCAGAAUUAAGUUGGAGCUGCAUUUUUAUUGGGAAAUAAGCCUGUACCAUUCCACAUGAAAAUCACUGACCGCUGCCUUGGAAGCACCUUUUGCUCCUCAGCUCCUUGUUCUGUAAACUGUGAUGCCCACUAUCUGUUAGAAAGCUUUCAAUUUUGGUUGCCUGGCUUCUCCAGACCCUGACCUAGUCUAUACUUACUGGGAGGCUAGGAAAUUGGUGCAUAUGCUAUCUUAGCCAGACAUUGACUAUGACCAUCAGCAUAAGCUGGCACAUUGCUUCUCAGUCACUCAACAAGAACAUGGACUGUAAUGGAACUGGAUUUCAAAGAAAAGAAUUGGGAGUGGCUGUGAGGUAGCUCAGCGGGUAGAGCGUAGGACUUGCAUUUGAGAGGCCCUGGGUUCGAUCCUUGGCGCAGCAUAUGCCAGAACAGUACUCUGGUCUCUGUCUCUCAGAGAAAUGAGUGAAUCUCUUUAAAAAUAAUUUGGAAUCAUGUCUGUAAAACACGUGUGAGGUUCUCGGACAUAAGGUGCUAACAGUCCUGCUCUCUUAAUUGGGAAAGUUCUUUUUGUUGUUGUCACUGCUGUUUUAUGACUGGGGAAACUGCUGACUUGGGCGGGUGUCACCUGGAGCUAUGCACACAGGACUCCAAUUUUGACACGCCUGAAAAUACAGCUUUUAAUUCUAUUUCUGGCCGGUCACUGAGCUUUUUCUUGGCUGAUGGUCUAAUUGAUUAAAAUCUACCUGUCCUCCUUCAAGGGGAGGGAUCUGAUCAGUUUCAAGUGGAGGAAGUAAUCCAGCCUUCUAAACUGCCCCAGAAGUCCUCUCAGUGCCCCUCCCCAUGCCCUUCACUGACAGCAGCCUUUUCUCUGGCAGAGGCUGCUGGCUUCCGAGGGAAUGAUGAUACAUUAACAAUUUUAGUUCCUCUUCAAAAAACAAAUAUAGAUGUGACUAAAAUCCUGAAAGUAUACAAUCUAGCAUUAAAUUGGGAAAUUUGAGUCCUGAGUUGCAUAAUGGAUUUUAAUGUGGUUAUUCAAAGUGUAAAUUCCCCAUUUUUAUAUCUGUAGCAGCAAGUGAGUCUUCACUUAAAAAAAAAAAAGCUUUGAAAGAAUUAAGUGUACAUUUCUGUGUGGCGAAGUGGCUAUUAAAUAAAAGAAUGUAGUGUCUAAAUCCAGAUUUUUCUUACCUCUGGUACACUUCAGAUCACUUAACUCCUAUGUAUUGAGGGAUUUUUUUACCCCCUGAGUUUUAGGAACUUUUCUAGUUUUAUUUUAUUUUUAUAAAAUAAUUGAAAGAAAAAAAAAAAGAACCAAAAAGGAAUUCAAAAAGCCCCAUAGGUAGAUCUCGCCCCUUCUUAAUAUCCCCCCCUACAAUAAAACAUUUUAGAAGACAUUUUGAAUCAAAAUGUAUUAUGACCAUUGAAAGUUUACUGUUCUCUAAGAAGCUGAGCAGCUGCAGGGGCCUUGUUCCAGGUGGUACUCUUGUCUUGUCUGCAGACUCCCUUAGUCUGUGGAGUGCGUCCACGUGACGGUGUCCUGUGCUUGCAAUAUAGAGACCGUGCAGUGCUGUUUUGUAAAUUGACAGUCCCUGUAUAAACUAGUAUUUAUAUACAUUGGCCUCUCUGUGUAAUUUUCAUUUAUUACAUGAAUUGUAAAGUUAAUUAUAAAAUCAUAGUAUCUGCUAAAUAUAAUUCUGAGGCUUCAGGUCCUUGUCUUUAGUUAAUACCAUUCUGUGUGUUUUGAGGAUGUCCAAUGCUUGCAUGAUGCUAGGUGGUGAUGCCACUUUAAAUUAAGCCUUAAUCAGAUGUGAAAUUUGUAAGUUUCAGAGUAUGCAGAAAUAUUAGGCAGAGUGAGUUUAACUGUUCAGAUAAAAAUGCUAUAUAUAUAUCACAACUUAAAUCUUCAAAGUUACAAAGGGAAACUUUCACUCACUGAGACAUAACUAACUCCGAUAUCUUCUCUCUCUCUCUCUCUCUCUCUCUCUGGCUUGGCUGUUGCUAUUGCUUAAUGAAAAUGGACCAUUAUGCACUUCGGUGGCAGUCAGUCAAAAAGACCUGUUCUUAAAGUCUUGAGAGUUUUUCAGGGUUAUUUUUAAUGUUUGUUUCUCCCUCCCGUCUCAGAUUUAUGGCUGAAGGAGAGUAUGAUUUGGGCAAAAAUCAUAUUUGCAUCCCUGCUCAUGUUUAAGCUUUCUUCAGGUAGUGCCACCUGACAUGGCUUCUGCAUAUAACUACAUGGAUUUUUGUUUUUGUAAAAGCAUCUUAAAUUUAGACAUAACAUGGAGGGGACCCAGCUUUCUUUACAAUGUGGAUCUACCUCAGUUAAACAGUUGGGUGCUAUUUACUAAGUCUGUCAAAUUAAAUUGGAAAAAAAUAAAUAACCAAACAGUUGUUAACACCACACAAAGCUUGAAAUCAUAAUUUCCGUUUAUUUAAUAAUAUUUUUAUUUAUUUUGUGCCUUUUGUGUUGAAUCCUAAUGCAUUGGGGGAAAAAAAUCAUGUGAAAUUAAAUGUUACAUAUUGCUCAAUUGGCCUUGGAAUUUGGUAAGCGCCCCCCUCCCCCCAGCCAACUGCUCACAUAUUGGAAUCCCAACUGCCCUCUUGUAAAAAGGAAGGGGAGAAAAAAUGCUCACAAGGAAAUUUUUAACCAUUUCCAAACAAUAAAUUCCAAACUCUUCUAUGCACAUACAUAGUUAUUUCAUUGUCUGUGCCAAUGAAGGGAUGGCCAAAAAAAAUCACAUACUCUUACCAUUGCUAUUUUACCCAUCCAUGCCUCCCCCUUCCUCUGGUAUAGUUUGUAAGUUAAUUUCACAAGCAUCAUGUGGACUGUUGUCACUUUCCUCUGUCCCACCUACCUGGCCGGAGGUGUUUACUGAGCUGUAGAGGCAGGAAGGAAGAGCAGCUGGCUGUCUGGAUUAAGGAGACCAGCACUCAGCAGCAACCCGGCAUUUCUGUAAAUUAGGAAAGCUUUCUGGAAGGUUAGAAGAUAAAGCAGGAGACUGAUGACUUUCCACCCUUUUCUAUUUGGCAGUUUACAAUUCUAGACUUUUCCUACUGUGGUGAUCUUUUUUACCUUAAUCCUUUGGAGGUUAACACAAUAUUUUGGAGUCUUAAGAAUUUGAUUUUGUACCAAUAAGAAAUAAAAAUUAGGGAUCUUUCCUAUAAUCUAUAGUUUUACUAUUUUAAAGAGAUCUCUGGAUUUUACAAGAGAGCCAACAUUCCUUAGUGGCAAAACUUUGAAAGUGACUCGGGAGACUUUUUUGCUGCAGGAUCUCCAAAAAAAAAUUGGGAUGAUUCUAAUAAGAUGUUUUUAAUUUUUACACUUCCAUCAGGUUGAUACUUAAAGCUAUAUUUUGUAAAGGGUAAAUCAUCCUUUAAUAUGCUGCAUAUAAAGAUUGGUGUUGUUGCACUUUCUCAAUAAUAAUAAAUGCCCUACAAUUGGCUGACCAGUAAGUAAGCAUUUGGUUUCUUUUUUGUUCUUAACAAGAGUACUUUGGGGCAGGUGGUUAAAUUUAUAUAGGUACCUCAAAAAAAAAAAAAACCUGAAUAUGCUGCAUUUUGUUUCUUUAGCUUUUAUGUGUAGCAUUUUGUUUUGCUCUUAUUAUUUUGUUUAGAUAUAUGCUUUUUGGACCCCAAUAGAAUGUUGAAAAUUUAAAGUUACUCUUAUAGUAUACUCUUUCUUUUUUUCUUUUUCUUUUAACUUACUACAAUAUCUGGUUCAAAGUUUGCCCACCAGUAGAAUAAUACUUUGCCCAAUUACUUACACCUGAGGAAAAGGAUACCUUGUUGAUAAGCAGACAAUAAUGUUCCAAAUCCUUUCUGUUCAUGCUGCUUUCUGAAUUCUUCAUAUCAUCAAGAAGUUGAAUAACUUACUUCACGAAGGUCAAACUUAAAACAUUAUGGCAUCUUAAUGUUUUCAAAACAGACCUCAAAGUUGCUGUUACGGAAGUAGCAUGACCCUAAAGGAAUAUAGCUGGCACAAGGCGGCCGGAUGAGCCUGGUCUCUGAUGAGCCGGUCUUCACAUCUGUAUUCCCCAGCACUCACCCUAACCUGAAUAGAUGGGGAGUGGUCUUGAUUGACAAAAAAUAAACUGGUGAAGAAAGCUAAAGGCCGAGACACUGAGCAUCUAUUGUCAUGUUUAAGCUUAGCUGGGUCCUUUAGAGUUUGUUUUACAGCUUACUAGGUUAAGUAGUUUGCACUAUUUUUGCAAUAAAUUCAUGGUAAACCUAACAGUUACUUGUUUUGUUUCUUACUGUGUGUAUAUAUAAACUAAUACUAAAAGUUUGGCAUAGUGUUUUUUCACCUCCUUACAUAAACCUUAACAUGCACAGAAUGCUGUAAAUCUGAUAAAAUAUGAUGUGAAUGAUAUUUUAUAAAGUUAUUUUGUAUGGUGUCAAUUUGUUUUGCCUCAUAGUAUGUCAGCAAAAAACAAAAAAUAAAACUCGUAUUUACAGCUG